AAGUUCAACUCGCUAAGAUGGCCGACAAGAAGAAUCUAUUGCUGCUCUUCGAGCAUCCCACGGAGCCCGUCUUCAUGGACAAGGGCAAGAAGGUGACCGUAUUCGAUGUGCCCGAUAAUUAUCUGACCGAUCGCUAUCGUCCCAUCAGCACCGAGGUGCAGAGCCGUGUGGGCGAGAAGGUUGAGCAACGGAUUCCAGUUCGUGAGAUCUCGAUUCCGGACUUGCGCAUUCCCAUGUCCCUGGGCCGUGACGAGCAGUUCUCGCUGUUCAUUCCGAAGCAUCGCCGGAUCGCCGGACGUCUGAUUGACAUAUUCAUGAAUAUGCGCAGUGUGGAUGAUCUGCAGAGUGUGGCGGUGUAUGCUCGGGAUCGUGUCAAUCCUGUCAUGUUCAACUAUGCAUUGUCCGUGGCAUUGUUGCAUCGUCCCGAUACCCAGGGAUUGGAUCUGCCCUCGUUUGCGCAGACCUUCCCAGAUCGCUUUGUCGACUCGCAGGUGUUCCGUGAACUGCGCGAGGAGUCCUUUGUGGUGCAGCCAGGCUCACGGAUGCCCAUUGUCAUUCCCCGCGACUAUACGGCCUCGGAUCUGGAGCCAGAGCAUCGUCUGUGGUAUUUCCGUGAGGAUCUGGGCAUCAAUCUGCAUCACUGGCAUUGGCAUUUGGUUUAUCCCUUCGAGGCCUCCGAUCGCAGCAUUGUGAACAAGGAUCGUCGCGGUGAGCUCUUCUACUACAUGCACGAACAGAUCAUGGCCAGAUACAAUAUGGAACGCUUCAGCAACAAUCUCGCCCGUGUGCAGCCCUUCAACAAUCUGAGAGAUCCCAUUGCCGAGGGCUACUUCCCCAAGAUGGACUCGCUGGUCUCCAGUCGCGCUUGGCCGCCACGUUUCGAUAACACGCGCCUGGGCGACUUGAAUCGCGAACAGGAUCAGAUCAAUGUCGAGGUGGCCGAUAUGGAACGCUGGCGGGAUCGCAUCUUUGAGGCCAUUCAUCAGGGCUUCGUCAUGGAUGAGCGUGGACAACGUGUGCCUUUGGAUGAGGCCACAGGCAUUGAUGUGCUCGGUAACAUUCUGGAGUCCUCGAUUCUGUCGCCCAAUCGCACUUUGUAUGGAGAUCUGCACAACUUUGGCCACGUCUUCAUCUCGUACUCUCAUGAUACGAACAACAAGCACUUGGAGUCCUUUGGCGUCAUCGGUGACUCCUCGACGGCCAUGCGGGAUCCAGCCUUCUACAGAUGGCACGCGUACAUCGAUCGCAUCUUCCAGGAGUACAAGAGUCGUCUGCCCGCCUACACGGAUGCGCAGCUCAACUAUGCGGGCAUCUCGAUCACUGGCGUUCAAGUGGCAGCCAAUGGCAAUCAACCCAAUGUGCUGAGCACCUUCUGGCAGCAGUCUGACAUGGAUUUGUCACGUGGAUUCGAUUUCACGCCACGCGGCAAUGUCUUUGCUCGCUUCACCCAUUUGACCCAUACGCCCUUCACCUACACCAUCAAUGUGAACAACGAUGGCGGUGCCCAGCGCUUUGGUUACGUGCGCAUCUUCAUUGCGCCGAAGAAUGAUGAGCGUGGUCAGCCCAUGUUGAUGCGGGAGCAACGUCUGAUGAUGGUGGAGCUCGAUAAGUUUGUGGUUUCGCUCAAUCCGGGACCCAAUACCAUUCGCCGUCGCUCAACGGAGUCCAGUGUGACCAUACCCUUCGAGAGAACCUUCCGCAAUCUGGAUGCGAAUCGUCCGGCCGCUGGCACCGCUGAGGAGCUCGAAUUCAACUUCUGCGGCUGCGGUUGGCCCAAUCACAUGCUCAUCCCAAAGGGUCUGCCCGAGGGACUGCGUUGCGAUCUCUUUGUCAUGGUCUCCAACUAUGAGAACGAUAGGAUUGACCAGGAGCUGGUGGGCCGUUGCAGUGAUGCUGCCAGCUAUUGUGGCGUUAGGGAUCGCCGUUAUCCUGAUCGCCAAUCGAUGGGUUAUCCCUUCGAUCGUCUGCCACGCACUGGCGCCGAUCGUCUGGUCAACUUCCUGACCCCCAACAUGAGCAUUGUGGAUGUGAGCAUUCGUCACCAGAAUGAGACCACCACCAAUCGACAGGCCUAGAAACUGAUUGAGCUACAGAUUGAGAUGACGCGACCUUCAGUUGAUGACAACGAGUUGAGAUACAUUUAUAUAGAUACUUAGAUACUAACACACUAGCAGUUAUUGCAUCUUUAUUGAGCAUUUAAUAAACGCAUCAUGGCAUUUAAAGAAAACAAAACGUAAAAUAGCACAAAUUUUGUACGUCGUGGCCUUAGACGAGUUUCACUUGUUCAUUGAUUGCGCUUAUCAAUGGGGCAUGUGUGUUAUUGAUAGCCUACUCU